AAUGGGCAAAAAAGUAAAAAAAAAAAGAGGAGAGAGAAAGUCCCGAUCAAGAGGGAGAGAGAACCCAGUUUGUCUCCUCAUGCGAGGAUCUUCGCACGUUAUCAUUACCAGUCAUCUCUCCUUCUCCCCCUCUUUUAACACCUUCUUAAUUAAAACACUCAAAUUUAUACUCAAACCGCCAUUACUCUCUCUUUCUUCUUCAACCUCUUUCUCUCUCUAAAACCCUAAUUCUUUCCUAAACCCACUGUUUUUCUCCAUUCCUUCCUCCAUUAACAACACCUCUCUUACGACGUCGUUUUCUCCUUCCUCUAAAACCAUGUUUUUCCACCUUUUCUAUGUUUUCAUCUUUAUUUAUAUACUCUAAAAUACUCCUGAUUUAGAAACUUUCAUUUUUCUUAAACUGUUUUAUUUUUUAACUUCAUGUACAUAAAUCUAAACUCUUAAAUGUAGGAUCCCAAUUCUUCAACAUUAAACCCAAAAAAACAGAGGAAAUUCUAAUUCUAAUUCAUUUGGUAAGCAAUAAUGAAGAAUUUGAGGUGGUUUAAGCAGAAUUCAAAGGAUAAUGGGUUCGAUACCGAAAGCGGAAUCGAACCCGAAUCAAGGAAUGGUAAAAGGAAGAAGAAGUUGAAGAGAAAGAUAUCAUUAGGAGAGUAUAAAAGAGCAGUAUCAUGGUCAAAGUAUUUGGUAUCAUCAGGUGCAGAAAUUAAAGGUGAAGGUGAAGAAAAAUGGAGUGCAGAUAUGUCACAGUUAUAUAUUGGUAAUAAAUUUGCAUCAGGAAGACAUAGUAGGAUUUAUAGAGGGAUUUAUAAACAUAAAGAUGUUGCUAUUAAACUUAUUAGUCAACCUGAAGAAGACCCUGAUUUAGCUACUAAGAUUGAGCAGGAAUUUGCUUCUGAAGUUGCUCUUUUGUUUCGGUUAACUCAUCCUAAUAUCAUCACUUUUUUUGCUGCAUGUAAGAAACCUCCUGUAUUUUGUAUCAUCACGGAGUAUAUGGCUGGUGGAUCACUAAGAAAAUAUCUCCAUCAACAGGAGCCACAUUCACUCCCUCUUGAUCUAGUUAUGAAGUUGGCUCUUGACAUUGCACGUGGAAUGCAAUUUCUUCAUUCUCAGGGAAUUUUACACCGUGAUCUGAAAUCAGAAAAUCUUCUCCUAGGAAAUGAUAUGUGUGUGAAAGUGGCUGAUUUCGGGAUCUCUUGCUUGGAGACUCAAUGUGGGAGUGCAAAAGGAUUCACGGGUACUUAUCGCUGGAUGGCUCCUGAGAUGAUAAAAGAAGAGCACCAUACUAAGAAAGUUGACGUAUACAGUUUUGGCAUCGUCUUGUGGGAGAUCUUAACUGCAUUGACGCCCUUUGACAAUAUGACCCCGGAACAGGCUGCUUUUGCUGUCUGCCAGAAGAAUGCAAGGCCUCCAGUGCCUACUGAGUGCCCAAAAGCAUUAAGUCGCCUCAUCAAGCGAUGCUGGUCGAGCAACCCAGAUAAACGACCACAAUUCGAAGAGAUCGUUUCGAUUCUGGAGAGAUAUUCGGAGUCCUUCAAUCGCGAUCCUGAAUUUUUUGCGUCCUUUAAACAUUCUCAUAAUAGGAAUUUGUUGCGUUGCUUACCUACGUGUAUUAAUGUCCGUAAGCCUGUUUCGUUGAGUGAUUAAGAGUAUAUAAGCUCUUUCAAAUUCAUGAAUAUAUAUAAAUAUGGAUGUCUAAUUGUACAAUAUUUCAGCAGUUCAUCACAGAUUAUUUCUGUGGUCAGUGAAACACGUUGUGUAUCUAUGAAGGAAGGGCCAGAAUGGCUCUAGUCCACAAUUAAACCA